AUGGAGAAUCACAACUCCACAUUAACCAAUGCAAAACACCCCGCUAAUCCUUAUCCAUACGAUACGGCCUAUGUCAGCGAAUUACUCAAGCGGAAGCGUCGCAUGCGCGGGAUCAAAUCGUGUUUUCCCUGUCGGCAUCGCAAGGUACGGUGUGAUGGGAGCUUACCAUGUGUAAGCUGUGUGAAGAGGGGUCAUCCCGAGCUUUGUCAAUUACCAGGACGAGGGAAUGAUGUUGGUGGUGAGAUUGUUUCACCUAGGGAAGGGACGAGUCAAGAUAAUGAGUCUGGUUAUAGCCCACAGCAUCAGCAGGGCAAUACGACAUCUCAGUCCAACUCAUCCACCACGCAAUCAAUCGACCUCAUGAUCGACCGGCUAACCAAAAUCGAAGAUCAAAUCUCUUCCUUAAAGGCAGAUCUACUCCAGACACGCACUGCAUCAACGACCCCUGGAACCUUGGACAUAAGUUCGAGUACAAACGCCAACCGUAAUUCCAAUCUCGUAUCUAGCUCCCGCAGAUCCUCUGCACCAAGCAAAUCGUCGGGCAAACAUUUCGUGGAAGAUGCCACAGGCGCAACCAUCUUCCUUGGGAGUCACUCAGAUAUCCCCGCAGCACUUGGCUGUAGACAGCCAUCUCGGGAUAUGACGAUCACCGAUGCACUGGUUUUGGAUCAGCUUGUACCACGGACAUAUCCCUUUACUUCUCUCUGGGGACCGGAGGCUGGGACGGGUGAGAUUUGUGUUACACUUCCGGAUGACUCGGAUAUUAUCAGGUACUGGCAAGUGUAUCAGACCGGCGCGUACCCUUUUUACCCUGGUCUUGUGACGAUAUCCCAAUUCGAAACUUCGUUGUUCGCGUUCCUAGAUCAGCGCGCCAGUGCGUCUCACAGUAAUGAACCAUCUGCGCUAGACGAUGUUGAUCCGUCAUGGUUGGCUUUAUUAUUCGCCGUACUGGCGGGUGGAGUACAAUUCUCGGAUGAUCCGAUUAAAGAGCGUGAUCUUCGGUCGAAGGUUUUCAUCUGUUCAUCUUUCCAAUGCCUUCGCAUUUCAAACUUCUUCAAUAACACCAACAUGAACCAAAUCCAGGCCAUGGCGCUGAUUGGGCACUGUUUGAGGAAUAACCUGGAUACGAAUAGUGCAUGGAUCCUUAUGGGCAAGUCAUUCUUUGCUCGCGCGACUAUGCGACUCGCACAAAGUAUAGGAUUGCACGAGGAAAAUACCUCUGAAUCCCCAGACUCAUCACUAGAUCACUACUACCGCAGAAGACUCUGGUGGAUCCUCCUCUGGCAAGAUACAUUCCUCUCAUUCACCUACGACCGCCCACCCAGCACAAUAAACCACAGCAGCUCCAUCCCCCACAAUCCAGAAUCUACAUCGGCGUACUCAUUCGCCGAGUGUAUCUUCUCCCUGUGCCAGAUCCUCCUCGAUCGCGCCCGUCACCAUCCCACCGAUACUCCCACCACCAUCAGUACACUAACCUAUAAAUCCCGUAUCAAAAAUAUCUGGAAUGACGCAGCGCCCUUUUUAGUUGACAAAUCCGCUUGUCGCACAUUGCAAGAUCAUCUCGAGCGUUUAGCGCUCCGGAUUCAUGUUAAUUACGGUAUAUGUCGUCUCUCACGUCUGAUACUUGAAUCCGCCUCAGACAACGCCGCCAUCGACAUCCCCACCCUAGAAACCGAAACAAUCACCCACGCCGCCGAAGCCGUCGAAAGCUUCCUCGACAUGCACAGACUCUCAUCCAACGUCUGUCGCUCAUGGGCCUUCGUGCACAACGCCGUGAGUUGCGCGUUUACGUUACGCAGUUUCGGGACGACGCGGGUUGGGGGUGAAUACUCGGGACUUAUGGGGCGGUUAAUCAGUGUUUUGGAACGGGAGGAGCGGAUGUCUUCGUGGGAAGAUGCGGAUACGAAUGUUCGGUGUUUUGGGCCCUAUUCGAGGGCUUUGAGGGCUUUGAGGGAGUGA